AGAUAAAUAGAACUGUAGUUCUAUUUGAACACACUAAUAGACGAGGGACAAGUUCGUGCUGCCACAGAAUAUCUUCCAUUAAUCUAAAUUUUCAGAGUCGAGGAUUCCAAGGACCCGUCAAGUUUCACAAUGCCAGUAAUGAUCAAAGUCGCGCAGCAUGCUGCAGAAGCGUUUAGGCCAAAUUGGCGUGAGCAGCACCAGAAUGAUUACAGCACGAACGAAACCUUGGACGAGAAUCCAGAUAAUUUGUUCUUGCGAGGUUUACUCCAGAAUUUGGCACCGGAAAGUUCAAAAUCCAAUAGUACUGUACUACAAUCGACACUUACCGAGGAGAUCGCGAGCAAUAUUCUCCCAUCUGGGAACGGUUUAGUGCAUACCUGUCUUGAGGCGUAUAACCAUCAUCGUAAUCUUAUCCUUCGUCCUGAUGAUAUUUGGAUCGCUAUUGUGACUCAAUUCUCAUUCUAUGUGAAUAAGCAUUCUGAGGAACUGCGUUCCUUCUUUGUGGCGCAUGAAGGACAAAAGGAGCUAGUUGUUGAAGAUAAUCAUUUCGACUUCACGGUUUUCACUACUAACAUGGCCGAUAUGAUCCAGAAAAAUGUCGUGGAUAAAAGCUUCCAGUCAUGGAUUUUACCAGCAUUUUCGACCACGACGCAUGUCGACACCAUUGUAUGUAGCUCAGUAAUGAUGAGUACCAUGAAAAGGUACUUCAAUUACAGGUACGUCAUGGCACUGUCUGGAAUCUCUUAUCCUAUGAGGCACCAUAAUGUGUAUUGA